AUGCAAAACGGAUUUCCUUACGUAGAUUAUAAUGGACCUACACAGGUUGGUGUUUCAUAUCUACAGCUUAGCCUCGAAAAUGGAAUAAGCGCAAGUUCCAGCAGAGCGUAUUUGCACCCGAUCAGCAAUAGACCAAAUUUACAUGUGAACAAGUACACAAUGGUCAAGAAAAUCGUAAUAGAUCCUCAAACCCAACAAGUGCAAGGCGUUGAAAUGGUGAAAAACGGCCGUACUUACUUUACCAAAGUCAAAAAAGAAGUAAUCUCUUCGGCUGGUUCCAUCAACUCCCUACAACUCCUUAUGUUGAGCGGAGUAGGACCAAAAAAACAUCUUUCCGAUAUCAAUGAGUGCUUACCUGUAACAAAAAAUAUACUUAGGUUUUAA